AUGUCUAAGUCGAUAAAAGAGCUAUAUCGCACCUCUGGUAGCUCUAAUAGUCGGAUAGAUUCAAGUUAUCUCCAAUAUGGAGCCGAGCUUGCGCCUGCACCUGCGCCCAAUACGUCCCCGACGGGCAGCAAGACGAGCCUGAAACGGACACAUACAUUCUGGAGCUUUCCUGGAUUAGGAUCUAGCCUUGCAGAAGAAUGCUUGUACGCCGUAUACAAGUGGAAUCGGUAA